AUGAACAGCAGGGCAUACCUCACCACCAACCUGGUGGGUGGACUGGGAAAUCAGCUUUUUCUUGUGGCGAAUCUGUUGGCCACAUCGCGGCGUAAUGGCGUGCCGGCCGUCUUAAAGCGGUUGCCGUGGAGCAGCAGCAACGAGAAGCCACGAGAUGUUUACUGGCAAUCCAUCUUUAAGGACCUCGGUGCCUACAAUGUUGGCUGUGACAUCCCGGUGAACCUUCCUGAGGUGAUUGUUCCCGAGCAGCGUCCAGUGGCGCCAGUGCAGUUGGAUGCUACGGCGAAGUGUUUGUAUAACAUGGUUGGAUUUUUCCAGUCAGAGGCGUUUUUUGCCGAUCAUCCCGUGGUGCGGGAUGUUCUUCCCUCUGAGCUGCGCAAUGCGGCGGCGAAGCACCUAUAUGACAACUACGGUGAUCCCAGCACCCUACAACAUGUUGGUCUUCACAUUCGACGAGGCGACUACUUGCGUAUGCGUGAUGUGUUUGAGAUUUUGGAGGUCGAUUACUAUGACGCGGCGGUACGACAGUUGUUAGGCCAUAGUCUGCAGCUACAGUCGAUGGGAAGAGGUGGUGAAGGGCGUGGGAGAGUUCAUCUCCUGGUGUUUUGUGAGGAGGAACGGUACGGUUUGUCUGUUGUCGGCUACUUCCGCAGCAAGUACCCGGGGCUUGAGGCUUCUCUGGUACGUGCCGCCGGGGAGCGUGUGCCAUUCGAGUGUGGUAGUCAUGCACCCCGAGAAGUGUUGGAGCUUCUGAUGUUAUCCAGCUGUGACGAUGUUGUCAUGUCGAACUCGACGUGGUCGUGGUGGGCUGCGUACUUCAACUUCCGCCCCCUUCGCCGUGUCGUGGCACCGUCCAAGUGGUUUGUGCAGCAUCCCUACCCGCAGUCAAACCACCUAUACUGUGAAAACUGGAUUCUACUGUGA